CACUAUGCCUCUGGGUCUGGGAAGAAGGAAGAAGGCGUCCCCCCUGGUGGAGAACGAGGAGGCGGAGCCCAUCCGCGCGGGCCUCAAUGUGGACGGCCUGGACGGGGGUGUCCUCGGGCUGGGGGACGGCUCCGCCUCCGAGGGUCUGCCGCCGCCGCACAGCAGCAUGAGACCCCGCCUCAUCUUCCACACGCAGCUGGCCCACGGCAGCCCCACCGGGCGCAUCGAGGGCUUCAGCAACGUGCGCGAGCUCUACGCCAAGAUCGGUGAGGCCUUCGGGAUCCCGCCUGCGGAGGUCAUGUUCUGCACACUGAACACUCACAAAGUGGACAUGGAUAAACUCUUGGGAGGUCAGAUCGGACUGGAGGACUUUAUCUUUGCCCACAUUAAAGGCCAGAAGAAGGAGAUCGAGGUGUUCAAAGGGGAGGAUGCUCUCGGGUUGACCAUCACUGAUAAUGGAGCCGGCUACGCUUUCAUCAAGAGAAUCCGUGAGGGCAGCGUCAUCCACCAGAUCCAGGUCAUCAGCGUGGGCGACAUGAUCGAGUCCAUCAACGGCCAUCGCCUGAUUGGCUGUCGGCACUACGAGGUGGCCAAGAUGCUGAAGGAGCUGCCCAAGGGAAAGGAUUUCACCAUCAAGCUGGUGGAGCCUCUCAAGGCCUUCGAUAUGAUCGGCCAGCGGUCCGGAGGGUCCCGGUCGGCCUCGGGGGUGCAGCUGGGGACCGGCCGGGGAACCCUGCGGCUGCGGUCUAAAGGUCCAGCCACCGUGGAGGAACUGCCUUCUGCAUUUGAGGAAAAGGCCAUUGAGAAGGUGGACGACCUGCUGGAGAGCUACAUGGGCAUCAGAGACAGCGAGCUGGCGGCGACCAUGGUGGAGCUGGGAAAGGACAAGAAGAACCCUGAUGAAUUUGCCGAGGCGUUAGACCAAACCCUGGGAGACUUCGCCUUCCCAGACGAAUUUGUUUUCGACGUUUGGGGCGCCAUCGGAGACGCUAAGGUCGGACGGGUUUGACCCCAGAGACUAGUGGAGGCAGAACGACCUCUGUGAACGCGACGCCCACAACAUGCAGCACUACUAAGCAACGCAACACUACCGUCACACGUUUUGUUUUUAUUCCAGUGUAUACUCCUACUAUUUUUUAAAUUUCGUGUGCAACCUUGUUGGGAGACUCGUCCUCGAGAGAAGAGGAGGACGCCAGAGGAAGGGAGAGGACUGCCAGGACUUCCCAAGUGCUUUUAAAUGUCUUCCGGCUUUAUCCCAAAAACUACAAGCACGUUGAUGAGCCCGCAUCACACGAACCUGCAUGUCAAUGUUGUAGUUGCUGGCUGUGGAACAAGUACACUACACGUCUCUAACAUGGGGGGG